UCUCGUCGCAUAGCCCUAAUGGAAUCGGCGGACGGUCCGACGCCUGCCACAUGAACAUAGCAGACCUUAAAUUGAGUCUCCUUCACCAAGAGUCGUUGAAAAUAAACCCAAAAGUCACCUCUGCUCACAAUAUACCUCUAUAACAGCAAUUAAGAUGGGCUACUCACUCAAAAACAGAAACGUGCUUGUCACAGCAGGCUCCCGCGGUCUGGGGGCUCUGAUUGCGGAGAAAUUUGCAUCAGAAGGCGCAAAUGUAGCGAUCAAUUAUGUCUCAAAUGAGGCACGAGCAAAGGAGACGGAGUCGAAGAUUACUUCGCAAUAUGCGGUUAAGACUACUGUUAUUCAGGGAGAUUUGGGUGUAAAAGAAGACUGCGUUAGGGUCGUUAAGACGGCUAUUGAAGUAUUGGGUGGUCUCGAUGUUGUGAUUUCGAAUGCUGGCUGGACUAAAUUCGCCAAAUUCGCCGACCUCGAUGCAUUGGAUGAGAGUGAAUGGGAUAAGUGCUGGUCGGUCAAUGUCAAGGGCCACAUGCACGUAUUUCGAGAAGCUUUGCCCACAUUCAAUGCCAACCCCGAUGGAGGCGUGUUCAUAAUCACGGCUUCUAUAGCAGGAUUGAUGCCUAGUGGAAGUAGCAUGGCAUAUUCAGUCACAAAAGCAGCAUCCCUGCACCUGACGAAAUGUCUCGCUAAAUCACAAGGACACAAAGUUCGCGUUAAUGCAGUCUGUCCUGGGUUGUUGCUUACUGAAUGGGGCAGCCAAUUCUCGGAAGAAUAUGUGGAAAAUCAUAUCAAUCAAACAGCUCUAAAACGAGUGGCCGAAUUGGAUGAUACAGCAGAUCUAUACAUCAGCCUCGCAAAGAAUGCUUCCAUAACCGGCCAAUCUUUGGCUGUUGGUGAGUCUCAUUUUGUCCACCUGUUCGAAGAAAGGCAAACUGACGGUUGA